GAGUCCGUGUGUAUACUUUCGAGGGAGUCAGCCCUAGAACGUCGCAGUCAUGGUGCGGUGCGGUAGCGUGUGGUUCAGAAAGGUCCGUGACUGGUGCCUCUCAGCCUGAAGCUCGACAGAUUGGUGCCUGUAGCCCCACCUUUGGUUCCCCUUUCCUCCCUCCCCUUUUUCUUUCUGGGGGCCUUUUUCCUGCUUGUUCUACUGUAGUUUUCUCCUCGCAGUCCUUCGGAGUCAGACUUGGCUUUUGAGAAGUGGGAAGAAUAUAUCUACCUGGAACGUAUGGAAACUUCAUUGAUAACCUAAGACUCUUCACCAGGGGAGGAAGUGGUGGAAUGGGUUACCCUCGUUUAGGUGGAGAAGGUGGAAAAGGUGGUGACGUCUGGGUUGUAGCCCAUAAGAAAAUGACUUUAAAACAACUUAAAGACAAAUAUCCUCAGAAACGGUUUGUGGCUGGAGAAGGAGCAAAUAGUCGUGUUAAUGCACUGAAAGGCUCCAGAGGAAAAGACUGUGAAAUUCCUGUACCUGUGGGUAUUUCAGUAACUGAUGAAAAUGGUAAAAUUAUAGGAGAACUCAAUAAAGAGAAGGACAGAAUUUUGGUAGCUGAAGGAGGUCUUGGUGGUAAAUUACUUACAAAUUUUGUACCAUUGAAAGGCCAGAAACGAGUCAUUCACCUUGAUCUAAAACUUAUAGCUGAUAUAGGCCUAGUAGGAUUCCCAAAUGCAGGAAAAUCCUCUUUGCUAAGUCAGGUUUCUCAUGCAAAACCUGCAAUCGCAGAUUAUGCAUUUACAACAUUACAGCCUGAACUUGGAAAGAUUGUGUAUAAUGAUUUCAGACAGAUAUCAGUAGCUGAUCUUCCAGGUUUAAUAGAAGGAGCGCAUAUGAACAAAGGAAUGGGCCACAAAUUCCUCAAGCAUAUAGAAAGAACUAGACAACUACUUUUUGUUGUCGAUAUUUCUGGAUUUCAGCUUUCUUCCCAAACUCAAUACAGAACUGCCUUUGAAACCAUAAUACUUCUUACAAAAGAGUUGGAGUUGUACAAAGAGGAACUUCAGACAAAACCUGUACUCCUGGCAGUUAAUAAAAUGGACUUGCCAGGUGCCCAAGAUAUGUUCCAUGUACUGAUGAAUCAACUCCAGAAUCCUAAAGAUUUUUUGCAUUUAUUUAAGAAAAACAUGAUUCCAGAGAGGACUGUGGAGUUCCAACACAUCAUCCCCAUCUCUGCAAUUACGGGAGAAGGAAUUGAAGAAUUAAAGAACUAUAUAAGAAAAUCUCUGGAUGAACAUGCCAACCAGGAAAAUGGGGCAUAUCAUAAGAAACAGUUGCUUAAUUUACAGAUUUCUAAUACAAUAUCUUAUAAUGAGCCACCACCAAAGAAUGGUGUUACUAGUCCCAGAUAGAUGUAAUUUAAAUCUAUUAAAAAUGAUAUCAAGGGGCCCCUGUGUGGCUCAUUCGGUUAA